AUGGAAUAAGAUAGCAUCACUAUUCUAUCUUAAUCAAAAGAAAGAAGAAUAAAGUAUUUUAAAUAAUCAUUUAGAGUUAUUUUGAUUGGAGAUCAAAGUGUUGGUAAAAGUAAGCUUCUUGAAUAACUGUUAAAUGUUGAAUCUAAAGUUAAUGACAAAGAAAUUCAAACAGUUGAUUUUUUCAUUUCCCGUGUUAUUUUACCUGAUAAUUCAGAAUAGAAGAUAUUUAUUUGGGUUACUACUGGGGAAAUCAAAAAUAUGUAUAGAUAACCAAAAUAAUAAAAAUAAUAGAAAUCUUAUUAGAGCCUUUUUAAUUAAGAGUCAUAUUUAUGUUAUAGCAUUUUCACUUAAUAACCCAACAUCUUUUGAAAAUGCAGUAAAUACUUGGUUUGCUUAAUGUUAUAAAAAUGCGAGAGAAACUAAUAAUUAUUAUUACUUUAUUGGUACUAUGAGUGAUAAAGAACAUCUUUGUGGAUCUUAUUAGGAUAUAAUCUAAACAAUAGCAGAUAAAUGUUAAGAACUCAAGAUUGAGAAAAAUGCAUAAUAAGUUCCAUUUCCAACAGAUAAAGCAUAUAUUAGAUAAUCAGCUAAAUGGAAUGAUGAUAAUAUCAUUGAAUUCGCUAAAAAUAAAUUACCUAAUAAUGUGUAAAUUAUUUUAUAGAAUUAGAUUUUAUUCUGAAACAUCAGCAGUUGUGAAAACAGGAAUAGAAAGAAGUUCAAGCAUCUUCAUUAGAUUAUUACAAGCUGUUGUUAAGUAGGAAUUCUAAAAAGAUGGUAUAUAACCAAUAAUUGCUCCAUCAAGAACAGCUUCUAGAUUUUCAAUGGCAUAAAUGUAAUAAAUGCCUUUAGCUGUUGCUGUUCCAACAUCAUCUACAAGAUAAUCAACUUAGACACCUAAUUUAUAAGUUAAUAUGGUUAAAGAACCUAUUCCUUUUUCACCUUUUGAAUAAAGAGAAUCAAAUUCAUCUUCAAAAACAGAAGUUAAAAAAGAAUAAAAUUUAUGUUGUAUGAUUUAAUGA